AUGUCGCGUGCGUUAUCAUCUAACAGGGUGUUGAUUGGAGAUGAAAUUAGACCUGGGACUAUCAUAUUUUCGAUCGAGAGUGGAAAAAUUUUACACAUAGAACACAGGGUGCUAGAGGUGUCGGAUCAUAUAUUGAGGGUUUACAAUGUGUUACCAUACGAUUACAGAAAUGUUUCGCCAUUGGUAAUCAUGCCGGGAUUGGUGGAUGCUCAUGUGCAUCUUAAUGAACCUGGGAGAACCGAGUGGGAAGGCUUUGCUACUGGAACACAAGCUGCUGCUUCUGGGGGAGUGACGACUGUAAUUGACAUGCCUUUGAAUGCUAUUCCACCUACCACCACCAUAGCCAACUUCAACUUGAAGAUUAAUGCUGCCAAGGGCCAGACGUGGGUUGAUGUGGGAUUCUGGGGUGGUAUGGUGCCACUGAAUUUGGAGCAUUUGAAGCCGUUGAUAUCGAUGGGGGUAAGAGGAUUCAAGGGAUUUCUCAUUGAUAGUGGUGUUGAAGAGUUCCCUGCUAUCGACACAGAUUACAUUAUGAGGGCCAUGGCUCUGGUGAAGGGACUUCCCACGUUGUUGAUGUUUCAUGCUGAGAUGCAGCCUAAGCCCAAGGUGGGCCAUGAGACGUUGUCAAUUGAAAACUUGGAUAAUGAGGCACCAGAGUUGCCUAAGAAAGAGACCCCAGCCCAUUUUACCCUUGGAGAUGAGUCGGAUUUUGAAAUGGACGAGGCUCAAUACACCAAGCCAAUUGACAAGAACCUUCAAAAAUUAUCAAAAGAAAUCGAUGCCAGUGAAGUAGGAAUGACCGAUUCCUUUGUGCAAAGAGCUCCCACACCGGUGGUUGAUAUUUUGGCUACCCAAAAAUGUUGCAACGAAGACCACGACUAUUGUUCUUUACCUCAUAAUCACGCAGGCUCGAUUGAUCACUCAGUAUUGAGUGAUGAACAAGCUAAAGCAUUGGCUAAAUCAUCAUUAUUGGCAGCAGCGGAGCCUACACAUGGAAAAUACGCAAAAAUGGCCAAUCAUAUUUCUAACCAAGACCAGCAUCCGGAGGACUACGAAAUAAUGGAAAGCGAGCAGGAAAACGAACUCCAUCAUUUUACAAAAGAGCCGUCAGUUGACGCUCCUUUGGUCUUGGCUCAAAAAGACGAUUCUUUAUUGGAAGAUAUCGAUCCUACAUCGUAUGCAGCAUUUUUGGCUUCGAGGCCUGAUAAUUUUGAAACAACUGCCAUUGCAGAAAUAAUAAAUUGUUCCACUAAAGAGCCCUCAGUUCCAUUGCAUAUUGUUCAUUUGGCUACUCACGAAGCCAUCCCGUUAGUCAGAGCUGCCAAAGCCCAAAACUUACCUAUAUCAGCUGAAACGUGUUUCCAUUACCUAUCUUUAGCAGCUGAGAAGAUUCCAAACAAUUCCACUCACUUUAAAUGUUGUCCACCAAUUAGAACAGAUGACAAUAGAAAAUUAUUAUGGAAAGCGUUAAGAAAUGAUGUUAUAUCAACAGUUGUGUCUGAUCACUCUCCUUGUACUCCUGAAUUAAAGGGGUUAGAAAAGGGAGACUUUUUCUCAGCUUGGGGUGGUAUAUCAUCUGUUGGUUUUGGUUUGCCUAUUAUGUUUACUGAAGGUUCAAAACAGGAACCACCAGUAACUUUACUGGAUAUCAGUAGAUGGUGUUCCUGGAACACCGCUAAGCAAGUAGGCUUAUCGAAUUCUAAGGGCAAAAUCGAUAUUGGUUUUGAUGCUGAUUUCUUAUUGUUCGACCCUGAAGCCGUUUACACUAUCACGAAUAGUAAAACAUUCUUUAAAAACAAAUUGACUGCAUAUGACGGCAUGGAAUUUAUGGGUAGAGUAAUGGAAACUAUAGUAAGAGGUAAUUCAGUGUUUGCUUUAGGUAAAGGUCACUCAGAUAUUCCAAUGGGUAAAUUAAUAUUAGAACCUAGAGUGAACUAA